AUGUUUACCGAAGAAAAGAAGAAAAAUACCAACUAUGGAUCGGUAUUUGUUUACUGCUUCAGCUGUUUUGUUUUGGUUGUAGGAGUAGUAAGAUUUGCAAAACCUUAUUACAACCUUCAAAACCUAAUGGAGACAGAAGCAGUAAUAGAAGAAAGAUUGUUGGACAUGGGAAAAUCAGGACUACUUCCAUGUGAGUUGAGGAGCUCUGUCCCUGCUCGGAAUCACCACAAGCUCUCGCAAACAGUAAGUGAAGAGACGAGAACUCGUCCUCCACUUUCCUACUGUAUGCAGUUUGAAUCAUUUUCCAAUCUCACCAACAUGGUCAAAAACAACGGUGGCAAGUACGAGUCACGUCCUUUCUCAGCUGGUGGAUACAAUUGGACGUUACUCAUCUACCCAAACGCUAACAAGCCAGAGGGCAAGAAUUCAUACAUUUCGCUUUACGUAAAAAUCGACAAUUCAAGUCUCAUUACCUAUCAAAACGAAGUGUAUGCGUGGAUCAAAUUCCUCACCUAUAAAAGCGAUAAAGACACGUACUAUGAGUUCCAUGCGACUGAGGCACAGAGAUUUCAUUUGUUUAAACAACAGUACGGAGUGCUAGAGUUUCGUCCUAUCGGGUAUUACACAACUACGGGAUAUGGAUACCUUUUCAACGGCGAACAGUGUGCGUUUGGCGUUGACAUCGUGGUUUCUAAACCCUCUGCAUGGGAAGAUGCCUCUUAUGAAGAAAACAUCCGUGACCCUAUUCUCGAAUGGAGAAUCACCAAAUUCUCUGCCGGCGAUCAAGUCUCUUACACUUCUGAUACGUUUUCUUCCGGAGGAAGAAACUGGAUAUUGAAAGUGUAUCCAAAUGGAGUUGGGUCUGCUACUGGUAAUUCGUUGUCACUAUACUUGCUGAGUGCGUCGAACCAGAAGGGUUACGUGAAAGCCAAGUUUAGAGUUAUUAACCAAACUCCAGCCAACAAUGUGGAGAAACAAGUUGAGGGAUGGCCAAAUGCGCAAGAAAAUGGAUGGGGUGUCGACAAACUUAUACCUCUUGCAGAUCUCAAAGAUACAUCCAAAGGUUUCCUCGUCAAGGAUACCGUCAGAUUUGAAGUCGAGAUCCUGGCCUUCUCUAGAACCGACUCCAUCUCUAACUAAGGCUUAAGAUAAUCGUAACUCGUACGUGUGUUGUUUUUUCCUAUCAUAACAGGAGAUACUUGGUAGCACUUUGUUUCACUGUUUCUGUUUCCGUCCAAUAAUAAAGAGUCCGAGC